GUUACUCGUAUUGACAUAUUAAAAACAUGAAAGAAAUAUUUUUUUACGCUUUCCUAUUAAUAUUUUUGAUUUUUGUCAACUUCAAUGAAGCGCAAUAUGGAAGAGGAAGGGGUGGUUACAAUAGAGGAGGAUAUUAUGAAGGGAAUUAUGGUUAUAAUAAUAAUUACAAUGAUUAUGGUCGAUACAAUGGACGUAAUGAUGCUGAUGUCUUUAUAAGAAGUCCCAUUGGAAAUGGUGAAUUUAAUUUAUUUAGAAGAUGAUGACUAUAAAAGUGAUUUUUCUGUAAUAAUAUGAAAUUACAUUAUGUAUUAAUUUUAUCAAUAAAUUUUUAAUAUCUGUCUAUCUAAGA